AACGUAACUUGGAUUACUACCACUUCCUUGUCUUCUCUUCAGUCUACUUCUACCUUCAACGACAACCAUGGAGGACCCUGAGCUCGCUGCGAUUCGUGCUGCUAGAAUGAAUCAACUUAAACAGCAGGGAACCCAAGGUGCCGCUCCUCCGAGUGGCGGCGGAGAGGAGGAAGCGAAACGCGCUGCAGAAGAGCAGAUGCGGAGAGAUCUUCUGGCUACUGUCCUCGAUUCUGCAGCAAGAGAGCGAUUGUCACGAAUCGCUCUUGUCAGUCCUGAACGAUCGCGGCAAAUCGAGGGAAUUCUCCUGAGAAUGGCACAAACGGGCCAACUGCGCGGUCGAGUAACCGAGGAGCAGCUGAUCGGCUUGCUAGAGCAGGCUGAUGAAGCGUCGUCGAGAAAUGCACCAAAGAAGGGAACAAUUGUCUUCCAACGGAGAAAAGGUGGUUUUGAUGACGAUGACUUUGACAUCUAGUCCUUUACAUCUAUCUGCUUUCGCUAUCUCGCUUUCUGUUGCAAUGUUUAUAUCCCCUUAGCUCCCCUCCUGCUAGAUCUGAAGAUCGAGGAUCUUCUUCGCGUCACUGAAACAAUUAAUCAUCUUCGCCAUUACUGUUUCUCUGAAGCAGCAGAAGGGAGUGACUAGGCUCAGCAAUGGCAAACCGUUGCUCUCUAUGGUGUAUAGAAUCUACUCGAAUAAUCUAUAAUGCAGGUAUUGCUCUUUGAUGACCGUCAUCUGUCUGCUGGGCGUAUUAUCACACUCUAUUCUGUUCU